AUGGGCCGAAACAGUGAUUCAGUACCCAACGCUGUAAAUUCAGCGGAUGCAGCAGCGGUCUUCAAGUGGCGACACCUUGCUCAUCGCGGACAGAUGUUGAGCAAAUCCAUGUUGAGAUCAGAGUGCUGGGUCAGUGUGCCCAACCCGGACAUGCAACGAUCUGACAUCGCUGGAAGGCCUUCUUGUUUAAGUUCGCGGUGCUUGCUUGACAGCAGUUGCCAUGAUCGCCACAUUGUGUCCGAGUUGCUUCAUUUGGCCAAACAAAUUGACCUUCCCACUGCGCAGAAACUCUUCCAAGCAACCAAGGAUCUAUUUGCAUGGAAACGCUUUGAGCAGACACCCAUGCUUUUCUAUCCAUCCUUGAAAUCGCAAGUAUGGUUUGGAGAGGAGGAUUAUCCUGAGCUGCUGGGGGCUGUGCUCCAGCAUUUUGCCACGAUCAAAGAGGAGUUCCUAAACACCUUCCAACAGCGAGGUGGGAAACUCACCCCUUUGGAGGAGGAGUACAGUGGACGGCAGGGCUGGUGGUGUUGGGACGUUUGGUCUGCUGUGGAUGGCUGGGAAAAGGAGCGCUGCGAGCAGCUUCCCACGCUUUGCCGAGUCUUGAGGCCACACUUGCCACACUCGAAGUCUUCCACAUUAGCGGCAUAUCUUCAAGAGGAGGUGGCCCUUUUUGGCUUGCCCGCUGGAGAGAAGUAUUUUGCCAUGCACAAUGAUGGAAGCAAUGCACGGGUGGCGCUGCUCAUUCCCCUCACACAAGGUGAACACAGUGCCCUGGUGGUCAACGGCGAGCGUCGCUCCUUUGGUGGAGAUGGCCGUGUCUUGGGCUUCGAUGCUUCUUUUGACCAUGAAGCAACGUACAACUCUCCCAGUGGAGAAGAGCGAUGGGUGCUUUCUAUUGCUGUAUCGCAUCCACAGUUUGAUGAACACUUGGCCAAAGGACUUCUGCAAACGCCUCCGCCUGAUGUGAAGAUGGUCGACGAUCCACAUAGGUGGCGUCAGAGAACGACAGUGCUUGCUGCCUCUGACAUGGGCUGGUUAGAGCUCCUGAGCGAGAAGAGCAAUGGCAAUGCCGUCCUUUUAGGACCAGUGGAGGCACUUACUGCUUCAGCGCCAAGAGUUCUGCAACAUGUGCGACAAUGUGCCUGUGCCUGUGACAACUGUGACAGCUUGGCUCGGCGCUUGAAUGAGAAGCUGGAACGCUCAAGUGAUGCCUCGCGGCUUUUGUUGGUCCAGUCAUCACAGCUUUGGGAUGCCUUUGAGCCCAAUAGUGUGGAUGCUCUGGUGCUGGAAAGGGCAGAAACUUUGCUACACAUGAAAGGGCAGCGUUGGCUUUUCACAGACAAGUCCUGGCAUGGCAUGGCUUUGGCUUUGAACAGCUCCGGGAUUGUGCUGGGAGUGCAGCUGCAAGCCCCCAACUUGCCUGCAGGCUUCACUUUGAACUUCGGCGAAGGAUUUUGGUGGUUUCAGUGGAUUGCCAAGGAGGCUACCGCUGUUUCAGUGCCUUUUGGUGAUGCGGCGAAGUUCGCAGCCCGGAGCCUCCAAACUGCAGGCUCCGAACCGCCAGUGCUGGUGGCUCUGCUUACUCGCUAUGCGUACAGCAACGCUCGAUUGGCCAUCCGCUGUGCACCUGCAGGUGACAGGUUGGACCUGAGCCCUCUUGUGACUGAGCUGGAUGCCGCACAGCAAGCCUUGCGCGGUCGUGUCCCUGGGGCGGAAGAGAUGAUCCUGGCGGUUUCCAGCCGCACCACAUUUUUGCUCGACCAGGAGAUGCCCAAUAGCUGUCCGGUUCAACUACCAGGUCAAGAGUCCAUGAUGUCCACAACAGCGGCACCCCCACAAGGAAUUCAUCCGAUACCUUUGGUUGGUUUUGGAACCCACGAGCUGAAUGGGAUGGAUUGCUAUACAGCUGUGCGGGCUGCCCUAGAGGCAGGUGUCCGUCACAUCGACACUGCGGAAGGGUAUCAAAAUGCAGCGAGUAUCGCUCAAGCAGUUCAGGACAGCAAGGUGCCUCGUGAACAGAUCUUUGUCGCAACCAAAUUGUCUUCCACGGGCUUUGAUGAGGAGGUCUCCUAUCGGAUCUUGGCGAAGGAGCUGGAGAGCUUGGGUGGUUACGCAGAACUUUGCUAUCUCCACUUCCCCAGUAACCAGAACCUUCCUGGGUGGCGAGCACUGGAAAGGCUGCAUUCAGAACAGCGUUGCAAGUCCCUGGGGCUUAGCAACUUCCAGCAGAGUGAAAUUCAGCAGAUCAUGGACCGGGGCAAGGUGAAACCUGUGGCCUUGCAGAUUCAGUUUUCCAUCUACGAACCUCCAAGUCCCGUGUUUCUACGUUGGCUUCGUUCAGAGAAGAUCCUGGUGGUUGCAGCAGCCUCGCUGAAUCCGAAUGCAACGGCCAACCUGAAUCCCAUGGAGGACCCACACGUCCAGCGCAUUGCUGCUGGCCAUGGGCGCACAGCCGCACAGGUGCUCCUCCGUUGGCUCGUGCAGCAAAGUGUAGCUGUGUUGCCACGAAGUCGGUCAGUGCAGCACAUUCUCGAGAAUCGUGACCUUGACUUUCAACUGACCAACAGGGAGCUCAGGUGGCUGAAUGGCUUGUCAACACUGAUGCAGAGCCUUGGUCAACAGCUGCGCCCGGAGGGUGCUACAGAUGUCUUUGGGCUACGGUGA